UUCCCAGGGAGCAGCCCAGGAACCGCCCCAACACUCAGCCUUUGCCCUCCGGAAUUUUUUAGAGGCAUCAUCAGGGAGAGCCGUCUCGCUCCACGUUCAACCCAGAAAGCGGGAUCUGCAAAGUGCCCUGAAAAGUUCCUUAAGGGAGGAGCCACCACCGGGGAAAUGAGGUCCAAGGAAGAAAAAGUGAAAAUAAUUACAGAGGAGUUUGUUGAUGACGGUGAGGAUGCAGAAGAGGAAAGACAGAAGAAGCCCUCGAAGGUUCCAAGACAAAAAAGAAAGAAGCAGCUGCCAGCUGCCGGCCGCGAGGAAAUGGUGUCAGAAAAAUCCCCUGUGGACGACCAGCAGGAGCCAGUGCAAGAGGGCUCUGACACCCGCCUCCUGGGCAUGACAAGCCGGCGGGGCGCCCGGAGCUUGCCUCCAAUCCCUUCAACUUCCAGAACAGGCUUUGCAGAAUUUUCCAUGAGAGAACGCAUGAGGGAGAAAUUACAGGCUGCAAGGUCCAAAGCAGAAAGUGCGCUGCUGCAGGAAAUCCCCACCCCUCGGCCCAGGCGCUUCCGAAGUCCCACCGAGAAAGAAUCAGAGACGGAAUUUGGCACGGAGCUGGAUAGAGAGGUACAAAGGACUCAAGAAGAAAAUGACUCCCAAGGUUAUUCAAGAGUAAAGUUCCACGAUUCUGUACGAAAAAUCAAGUCUAAACCCCCGGUUCCACCUGGCUUCCCUUCUGCUGAGGAAGCGUAUAACUUCUUUACUUUCAACUUUGAUCCCGAACCAGAGGAGUCAGAGGAGAAACCAAAAGCCAAACAUAGACAUGGAGCUAACCAAGAGGAAAAGGAAGGAGAGGAGGAAGAGCCGCCUGUGCAGGAAGGAGAUGAGGAAGAGUGGUUGGAUGGCAAAGAUGCUGAGGAUCUUCUCCUGGGCUUAGAUCAUGCGGCUGAAGACUUUGUGGCAAUCAGACCUGCCGAUUAUGAAAGUGUCCACGUUCGGCUGCAGAAGGAGAAAGAGCUCCUAUUCAUACCCAGCAGACGGACAGUGCCUACGUAUAAAAAACUUCCUGAGAAUGUGCAGCCCAGGUACCUGGAAGACGAAGGCCUUUACAUCGGGGCAAGACCGGAGGUGCCGCGAACCAACCAGAACAUCAUGGAGAACAGGCUGCUGACCCAGGAACCGGGGAGGAGAUGGUUCGGAGAUGACGGCAGGAUCCUGGCUCUGCCAAACCCCAUCAAGCCGGUUCCUUCGCGCCCCCCCAUGUUGACACAGGCGCAGGACAUUAAGGCAGAACUGGAAACACUGUAUAAGAAGGCAGUAAAAUAUAUCCACAGAAGUCAGCAUCUCAUUGGAUCUGGGGACUCUCCUGGGAAUUUCCAACUGGACAUUGAUAUUUCGGGGUUAAUCUUCACGCAUCACCCCUGUUUUAGCCGAGAGCAUGUGUUGGCAGCCAAGCUGGCCCAGUUGUAUGACCAGUACCUUGCAAGACGCCAGAGGAACAAGGCAAAAUUUCUCACUGAUAAGCUCCACGCUCUAAGAAAUGCUGUUCAGAUGGGCCUUAAUCCAGCAAAAACUCCUAAGACUCUUGAAGCAACCCCCAAAACCAUCAAUGAAUAUAAAUCUGAGAUUCGGCAAACAAGAAAACUGCGUGAUGCUGAACAAGAAAAAGAUCGAAUGUUGCUUAAGACCAUCAUAAAAGUCUGGAAGGAGAUGAAGUCCCUCCGAGAGUUCCAGAGGUUUACAAAUACUCCCUUGAAACUUGUUUUGAGAAAGGAAAAAGUGGACCAGAAAGCCGAUGAAGAAGCAUAUGAAGCAGAAAUUCAGGCUGAGAUAAGUGAAUUGCUGGAGGAGGACAUGGAAGAGUAUGAACAGAAGAUGGAAGCGUACAGAGCCACACAGCAGCAGUGGAAAGCCUGGAAGAAAGCCCAGAGGGCCAGAAAGAAGAAAAAGAAACAGGAAGUCGAAGAACAUCCCGCCGAUGAGGAGAGGGAGGAGCCAGGUCCCGGGGAGGAGCCUGAGAAACCCGUCCCUCCAGAGCCCGUGGACAGGGCAGUGAUAGAGCAGCAGGUGAGAGAGAGAGCAGCCCAGAGCCGGAGGAGGCCGGGGGAGCCCACGCUGGUCCCGGAGUUGAGCCUGGCAGGGAGCGUGACGCCCAACGACCAGUGUCCCAGGGUGGAGGUCUUGCGAAGGGAAGACGUCAAGAGACGCUCGCUGUUCCUAAAGGUGACCUUCAACAACAAGGAGGUGUCCAGGACAGAGAGCCGGCCACUCGGGGCGGACUUCCGAGUUCACUUUGGACAGAUUUUCAAUUUGCAAAUAUUCAACUGGCCGGAGAGUUUAACGUUGCAGGUCUAUGAGACCGCUGGACACAGUGGUACCACCUUGCUGGCGGAAGUGUUUCUGCCCAUCCCCGAAACCACCGUUGUCAGCGGAAGGGCUCCCAUUGAGGAAGUGGAGUUUAGCAGUAACCAGCACGUGACCCUGGACCACGAGGGAGUCGGAAGUGGAGUGCCCUUCUCAUUUGAAGCUGACGGUAGUAAUCAACUGAUUCUAAUGACCUCGGGGAAAGUAUCCAACAGCGUGGCGUGGGCCAUUGGAGAAAAUGGGAUUCCUUUAAUUCCUCCGUUGUCGCAGCAGAAUAUUGGAUUCAGAAGCGCUUUGAAGAGAGCAGAUGCCAUCUCCUCUAUCGGCACGUCAGGACUGACAGACAUGAAGAAGUUGGCCAAGUGGGCGGCAGAGUCCAAGCUCGACCCCAACGACCCCAGCAAUGGCCCCCUGAUGCAGCUGAUCUCGGUUGCUACCAGUGGUGAAUCCUACAUCCCUGAUUUCUUCCGACUCGAGCAGCUCCAACAGGAAUUUAACUUUGUUUCGGAUGAGGAAUUAAAUAGAUCCAAACGAUUCAGGCUUCUUCUUCUUAGAAGCCAAGAGGUGCCAGAGUUCCGACAUUAUAAGCAAAUUCCACUGUAUGACCGAGAAAUUAUGGAAAAGGUAUUUCAGGACUAUGAGAAACGGUUACGAGACAGAAAUGUAAUCGAAACCAAGGACCACCUGGAUACCCACAGGGCCACAGUAGCCAAGUACCUCCAGCAGGUUAGAGAAUCAGUGAUAAAUCGUUUCCUCAUUGCGAAACACCAUUUUCUUCUUUCGGAUUUGAUAGUAGAAGAAGAAGUUCCCAAUAUCAGCAUUUUGGGCCUGAGCCUUUUCAAGCUGGCAGAACAAAAGCGACCACUGAGGCCAAGGAGAAAAGGCCGGAAGAAGGUGACAGCCCAGAACCUGUCGGACGGAGACAUAAAGCUGCUGGUGAACAUCAUCCGGGCCUACGACAUCCCGGUGAGGAAGCCGACGGCAAGUAAAUUCCACCAGACAUCAAGAUCGUCAAGGACCUACAGUGAAAAGCACGCGGCUUCUCCGACAACACACAGCCCAGUCCACAACGCCGACUACCCCCUCGGGCAGGUUUUAGUACGUCCUUUUGUAGAAGUUUCAUUUCAGCGAACAAUCUGCCAUACAACUACUGCAGAAGGACCAAACCCCAGCUGGAAUGAAGAACUUGAACUUCCAUUUAGGGCCCCCAACGGGGAUUACAGCACCACCAGCCUGCAGUCAGUGAAAGAUGAUGUGUUCAUCAACAUCUUUGAUGAAGUGCUCUACGACGUCUUAGAGGACGACCGUGAAAGAGGAAGUGGAGUCCACACUCGUAUUGAAAGACACUGGCUGGGGUGUGUGAAAAUUCCAUUCAGCACAAUAUAUUUCCAAGCAAAGAUCGAUGGAACGUUUAAGAUCAGUAUUCCCCCAGUGCUCCUGGGCUACAGCAAGGAGCGAAGCGUGAUGAUGGAGCGGGGUUUUGACUCUGUCCGAAGCCUGAGUGAAGGCUCUUAUAUCACCCUAUUCAUCACCUUGGAGCCUCAGCUGGUUCCUGGGGAGUCAGUUCGAGAAAAGUUUGAUUCUCAGGAAGAUGAGAAACUGCUUCAAGCAACAGAGAAGUUUCGAGCUGAGUGUGCCUUGAGGUUUCCCAACCGGCAGUGCCUUACCACAGUGGUCGAUGUUAGCGGAAAGACCGUCUUCGUCACUCGUUAUCUCAAGCCUUUAAACCCUCCUCAGGAGCUCCUUAAUGCUCACCCCGACAACCCCCAGGCAACAGCGGAACUGGUGGCCCGAUACGUGUCUCUGAUUCCUUUCUUGCCCGACACCGUCUCCUUUGCUGGUGUCUGUGACCUGUGGAGCACUUCUGAUCAAUUUCUCGAUCUCCUGGCAGGAGACGAAGAAGAACACGCAGUUUUACUAUGCAAUUACUUCCUCUCCAUGGGAAAGAAGGCCUGGCUGGUGGUGGGCAAUGCUAUUCCCGAGGGUCCAACUGCCUAUGUGCUAACUCGGGAACAAAGUUACUAUUUAAUAUGGAACCCCUGCAGUGGACAUUUUUAUGGACAGUUUGAUACCUUCUGCCCCUUAAAAAGUGUGGGCUGUUUAAUAGGUCCUGAAAAUAUUUGGUUUAAUAUUCAACAAUAUGAUUCCCCACUACGGAUAAAUUUUGAUGUCAGCAAGCCCAAGCUAUGGAAAUCUUUCUUUUCAAGAAGUCUUCCAUAUCCUGGCCUUUCCAGUGUUCAGCCAGAAGAGCUUAUUUACCAGCACACAGACAAGGUGGCUACAGCUGAACUACAAGACAGGAUUGAAAAGAUACUAAAAGAAAAAAUCAUGGACUGGCGGCCGCGCCAUCUGACUCGGUGGAACAGAUACUGCACCUCCACGCUGCGUCACCUCUUGCCUCUGUUAGAAAGGAACCAAGAAGACGUGGAGGAAGACCACAGAGCAGAACUGCUCAAACAGUUAGGAGACUACAGGUUCUCUGGAUUCCCCCUUCACAUGCCAUACUCCGAGGUGAAGCCUUUGAUUGAAGCUGUCUACAGCACUGGAGUACAUAAUAUUGACGCUCCUAAUGUUGAAUUUGCUUUAGCUGUGUAUGUCCACCCAUACCCCAAAAAUGUUUUGUCUGUCUGGAUCUAUGUUGCCUCCCUUAUACGCAACAGAUAAUACUUCCCUGUUUUUUUUCCCCUGUAUGUUUUAUAUCAUGUAAAAUUUAUAAUUAAGAGAAUAUUUUUUUAAGUGCUCUUGAUCUGUCAGAGGAAAGAAAAUACUUGCAAAUAAUGAAAUAAAAUUAUCAUGAUUUUCAAAAUGUGCAAAUUUUAUUUAGUUUUUCUGCCUUGUCUCUGCCACUCUGACCCUAAAUUCAACUGUGACAGCUCAGAGUUCCUAUGACCUUUAUUGCUCUAUGCUUUUACACCUGCUCACCUUCUACUGAGAAUGAUCUUCUUUGCCAGUAAGAUAUCCUGUGCUUUUAGAUAGAAAGAAUUAAUACUGUUACAAUAGCCAUACUACCCAAAACAAUCUAUAUAUUUAAGGUGUUCACUAUCAAAUUACCCUUGACAGUUUUCACAGAACUGGAACAAAUAAUCCUAAAAUUAAUAUGAAACCUCAAAAGAUCCAGGACUGCCAAAGUAAUCCUGAGGACAAAAACAAAGCAGGAUUAGCAGCCCUCCCAGACUUCAGACAACACUGGAAAACUACAGUAAUCAAAACAGCAUGGUACUGGCACAAAACCACACAAACAGAUCAAUAGAACAGAAUAGAGCCCAGAAAUAAACCCACAGACCUAUGGACAGCUGAUCUUCAACAAAGAAGGCCAGGAUGUACAAUGGACAAAGACAGUGGUGGUGGGAAAGCUGGUUAGCAGCAUGGAAGUCAAUGAAUUUUGCACACAUACCCACACCAUAAACAAAAAUAAACUCAAAAUGGCUUAAAGACUCAAUCUAAGACAUGACACCAUAAAACUCCUAUAAGAAAACAAGGUAAAACAGUCUCUGAUUUAAAUCAUAGCAAUUUUCUCUUAGAUCAGUUGCCCAAGACAAAAGAAAUAAAAAAAUAAACAAAUGGGACCUAAUCAAAGCACAACAAAGGAAACCAUUAACAACACAAAGACAUUUUUGGACUAUGGACUGGAAGAAAACACUUGCAAAUGGCGUAAACGACAAGGGCUUAAUUUCUAAAAUCUACAAAAUAGCUCAUACAACUCAAUAUCAAAAAACCAAUCUACUAAAAAACUGGGCCAAAGACCUAAAAUAAGGCAUGUCUUCAAAGAAGACAUACAGAUGACAAAUAAGCACAUGAUGAGAUGCUCAAUAUCACUAGUGGUAAGAAAAAGGUAAAUCAAAAUAACAAUGAGGGAUUACCUCACACAGGUCAGAAUGGCCAUCAUCAAAAAGCCAAUAAAUUAAUGCUGGAGAGGGUGUGGAGAAAAUGGAACCCUCCUACACUGUGAGAUACAAAUUGGUGAAGCUACUAUAGAGGGUCUUAAAAAAAAAAUAAAAGUAAAGUUAUCAUAUAAUCCAGCAAUCCCCAGAAGAGAUGAAAACUCUAAUUUGAAAAGACACAUGCCCACUUAUGUUCACAGCAGCAGUAUUCACAAUAGUCAUGACAUGGCAACAGCCUAAACACCCACCAACAUAUGAAUGGAUAAAAAGACGUGGUCCAUACAUACAACGGACUAUUACUCAGUCAUGAAAAAGGAUGAAAUGCUGCCAUUUGUGGCAACAUGGAUACACCUUGAGAUUACCAUAUUAAGUCAGUCAAACAAAUAUCACUUAUAUGUAGAAUCUAAAAAAUAAAACAAAUGAACUUAUUUACAGAACAGACUGACAGAUACAGAAACCAAACUUAUGGUUACGAGAGGGGAAGGGAGAGAGGGAUAAAUUAGGAAUACAAGAUUAACAGAUACACCCUACUAUAUAUAAAACAGAUGAAGAACAAAGACCUACUGUACAGCACAAAGAACUAUGUUAUCUUGUAAAAACCUAAAAUAUACUAUUCAUCUGAAAUUAAUACUGUAAAUCAAUUAUACUUCAAUUUAAGAAAAAGAGGUAUCCAGGGAGGGUAAUUAUGUCAUACAGCACUCAGGAUAGAGCCCUCAAAUUGGGAUUUAGUGCUCUAAGAACAGACAGGAGACUUUACUUCACCUCUACACCAUGCAUGGAUACAAUGAGAUGUCUGUCAUAACAAACCAGAAAGAGUCUCCAUGAGACACCAGAUCUGCCAAAAUCUUGACUCUGGACUUCCCAGCCUCUAGAAGUGUCAGGAAUACACAUUAUUUAAGCCACCCAGAUUAUGGCAUUCUGUUUUAACAGCCCAAAUCAACUAAGCCAGCUGGGUAAUAUUAAAAGAAACUAAAUGUAUGUACUGACAUGGAAAGUGGUACACAAAAUAGAAACAUGUAAAACAGGAUUUCUCAACAGCAGCACUAUUGACUUUGCUUUCUUCUAUGCAAUUUUUCUUCUAUGCUUUCUUCUCUGCAAUCACCCUGUUUUUUCAGUCUUUUAACCUUCCUGAGGCUUUCAACAGCUAAGUCAAAUCUCUCUCUUGGCAAAUGACACAUUGCACUUGAAAAUAUGUGGGUUAUUUUCAAAUAUCUUUUGAUACUGAUUUCUAAAGUGAGAAGACUUCAAAACCUUUAGACCAUGAAAUUUUUGCUCCUUGUUUUCAUCCCUAGGUAUGUUCCAUGGUCUCCUGGUUCAUAGCCUAUGGGAACUUGAAUAGAAUUUGUAUCCUGCUGUUGUGUGAAAACUGUUUAAAUCUUAACUAUGUUGAGUUGGUUCAUAGUGCUUUUCAGGUCUACCAUAUUGUUCUACUUUUCUAUCUAAUCAUUGUAUUCAUUUUGGGGAGUUUGAUACUGAAAAUCCAACUAAAAAUCUUAAUUUAUCUACUUUAAAAAUAAUUGUUACAGCAGACCUAUAUGCAAUUUUGUCCCAUACUUUCCAGUUCAGUCCAGUUCAGUUCAGUCGCUCAGUUUUGUCCGACUCUUUCCAGCCCCAUGGACUGCAACACACCAGGCCUCCCUGUCCAUCACCAACUCUCAAGAGUUUACUCAAACUCAUGUCCAUUGAGUCGGUGAUGCCAUCCAACCAUCUCAUCCUCUGUCAUCCCCUUCUCCUCCUGCCCUCAAUCUUUCCCAGCAUCAGGGUCUUUUCAAAUGAGUCAGCUCUUCACAUCAAGUGGCCAAAGUGUUGGAGUUGCAGCUUCAGCAUUAGUCCUUCCCAUGAACACCCAGGACUGAUCUUUAGGAUGGACUGGUUACAUCUCCUUGCAGUCCAAGGGACUCUCAAGAGUCUCCUCCAACACCACAGUUCAAUUCUUGGGUGCUCAGCUUUCUUUAUAGUCCAACUCUCACAUCCAUACAUGACCACUGGAAAAAACCAUAGCCUUGACUAGACGGACCUUUGUUGGCAAAGUAAUGUUAUCAUUCUUCCAUAAUUUAAAAAUGAAAAAAAAAAAAGAAAAAACAAGACAAGGAUGCCCACUCUUGCCACUUUUAUUCAACAUACUAUUGGAACUCCUGGUCACAAUAUUAAGACAAAAAAACAAAAAAAGCAAGCAUCCGAAUUGGAAAGGAAAAGGCAAAAGUGUGCUUGUAGAUGACA